CCUCCAACCACCAGGUGUCGCUGUCCGUAGAGGAGUGCAGCCGUCAUCCUGCAGAUCACCGGCGCUCGUGACGUCACUCCCGGGACUGCGACAGCGAGAGACCAAGACAUUAGACAACAGAUACAGAAUGACGCGAGUGACAGCCCGUGACAUCCAGAUAUUAAGACAGCAGAGUGACAGCCAGUGACCACCAGUCAUCAGCCAGGAGAUGUCCUGAUGAGAGCCAGGAUAGGUCAGUGAUGAUGUCACAUCUGCAGAGAGAGGCUGGAGAGACAGGUGGGGACAUGGAGAUUAUGAAGUGUAAGGCUCCACUGCCCAAAGACAAGAAGUGGAAGUUCCUUAUUGUUGGGGUCAUUGUAGCCUGGUUGAUACUUGUCCAUCUCUUGGUGAAUGUUUGGCUUCUCCUUCUAUUCUCCGGGGUCAUAGCUGCCAUCGGAGCCUGGUUGGGGCCACCGUUUAUACUUGGCAGCACCACCUCCAUUCACUUAGAGAGAUUUAUCACUUUAGAACACAACAGCCAGUGUCCAGAUGCUGAGGUGCAGCUGGACAAAGAGAUCGGCCUGACCAUUCAGAAGAUUGUCCGGGACUUUGUGUCCUCCUGGUAUCGAAGGCUAAGCCAUGAAACUGCAUUUGAGGAUGAAGUCAGUAGAGUCAUGUGGGAUUUGUCCAUGGAGCUGAAGAGAAAGUUAAACUCUACAGAUCGGGAGGAUCUAACGAGGAAAUUGCUCAUUCUGGCUGGUUGUCACCUUCAAUGCCAUAAAUGGGCAAAAGCACGAGUGCAAGGCAUCAGUGACCAAUCCGAAAGGGAGUCACGAUUAUGGGAAGCCUACCAGGAGCUGAGUCCUGCCCACCCGGCCAUGUCAAGCAGCACAGAUGAGGUGGCCCACAGUCGCUGGUUGGUUGAUCUCCUGCUGACAGAGCUGGUUCCUCAGCCGCACCUGGAGACUCGAACUGGAAGACAUUUAGUGGUGGAGCUCAUAGCUUGUAAUGUUAUCCUUCCUCUUGUGGGAAGAAUGUCCGAACCAGAUUGGAUUAACAUUGUGUUGACCAACAUAUUUUCCAAGCUGCCACUGAAAGUAGAAGAGGAGAAGGGUGAUGCUUCUGCUCCACCAACUGUUCCCAGGUCACUUCCUUUGGGGCCAAGUCAGGAUUCAGCUCCUCAGCUCAUCCUUCCCUCACCACUGUCAGGUACCAUGUCCAAUUAUGAGAUGAUGGAUAACGCUGAUCUAGAACAUGAGGGGGAGGGAAGGGCUAGAGACACAAUGGAAACCAUGGAUUUUCUGGGCUCAUGUAAAGAUAAGUUAGAUAUCUUCUCAGGGCAGUAUCUUCACCCUCCAGAACCUUGCAGCCCCUUCUUCCUCUGUGAGGAAUCUGAGCUGGAGUCUCCCCUUUCUGACUUUGGACGGGAACUGGACCCUCCAUUGAUGAACUCAUCUGAUGACCUCUUAUCUGACUGCUGCUUGGACUCACUGACCCCAGCUGAGAGCCCCAUUGUCCCUGCUCAUGAUGAAAGUGGGUUUGCCCUGUCUGAAGAGGCCUGUAUGACCAUGCAUGGGGGGACACCUUCUCGCCCGGAGAUCCUGAUUGAGCCCACAGGUCUGGAUUCAGAAUUUAUAACUGUACCUCCUAAUGACAAAGAAGGGUUGAGUCCAAUUGAUGCUUCCCCCAAUAUCACAUCCUCCCCCACUGCCCCUAUUCAUCCAUUCAGCUUUAUACCCCUCAGUAGCCCUGACGGACCAGUACUAAUCCAAAAUCUACGAAUUACGGGUACCAUAACAGCACGUGAGCACAGCGGGACUGGUUCUCAUCCCUACACGCUGUACACUAUAAAGUACGACACGGCUCUGGACAGCCAGUCCCUGGGCACGCUUCAGCCAAUGGCUUAUCACACCGUCAACCGAAGGUACCGCGAGUUCCUCAAUUUACAGACUCGCCUGGAGGAAAAAGCUGAGCUACGCAAGUUCAUCAAACAUAUUAAAGGACCCAAGAAGUUUCUUCCGGAUUUACCGUUUGGGAACAUGGACAGUGAUAAAGUGGAGGCACGAAAGAGCCUGCUGGAGUCAUUCCUGAGGCAACUGUCCGCAGUGCCGGAGAUCGCAAGCAGCGAGGAGGUGCAAGAAUUCCUGGCACUUAACACUGACGCUCGGAUUGCAUUUGUGAAGAAGCCAUUCCUGGUGUCCCGGAUAGACAAGAUUGUAGUAAACGCCAUUGUGGACACCCUGAAGACGGCAUUCCCACGCUCUGAACCCCAGAGUCCAACUGAUGAACUAAGCGAGAAUGAAGUGGAAGGGAAGAGUCAGAAUGACACCAAGAAGAGCUCAAAGUCUCGCCUCCGUUUCCCUUCAAGUAAAAUUGCCCCGGUGCUGAGUUCAGCUGAUGUGCAGGAAAAGAUUGUAUACUCUGUACGAGACGGCAGCACGGUAUCUGACAAUUUGGGAAUUAGUGGGAUGGAGUCCUUCAUCCAGAAGCAGGAGAAGCUGCUGGCAGAGAUGUCCGAGUCUCAGGAGAGGUCGUCAAUGGGCAGCACACAGUCGCAGCUUUUCACCAUCAAUCCCCAGGCAGCAGGUCUGGAGGGUAAUCUUUCGGCCGUUGCGCUGGAAGUUCUGUGGCUGCUGAUGAGAGAGCAAUGGAGCUGGCUGUGUACAGACACAAUGCAGAAGGUCACCCACCUCGUAUGCGACAGCCUCAUCCAGAGGUGGCUGGAGGUGCAGGUGGUGAAUUUCACGUGUGUGCAGCGCUGGGUGCUUUACCUCCGUUUACUUCAACAAGCUAUUUGGCCUGGGGGGGCGCUGCGCACUCAGCCCCGACCAGUAAGAACACAGGAACAGAAAGAGGCAGCACGCAGACAUGCCCUUCAAAGCCUGAUAGAUAUUUUACCAGAUUUAGCACAAGAGAUAUUAGGGGUGGAGAAGUGUCAGCUCGUCUGGCAGGCGGUACUGGACUCACUGCAGCACCCCCAAAUAAACAGGCAUCUGCUGUACUGUAUAUGGGACAUUGUGCUGGAGAGUGUGACGUCUGUUCACCCCUCGUAAGAUGAUGUCAGCACUGUGGGAUCUGUUUUGGGAGGAUUGAUGGAUACCAUCCCUGAGCAAAAUCUUCAGUACACGAUUAGGAAAAGAGUGGAGGAUGCAGGGCAUCUAACCGUACUUCAUGCAGAACAUCAGACAAGGCUGCUUCUGGGAUGCUUGGCUUUACACCUGUCGCAUUGUUUGUGACCGGUAGCCCCUCUCCCACAUUACUCUCACCUUUUAUGUGGUUCUGAAUGUUGAUCAUUUUCCUCUGUUUCUUCUCAUUCUGCAAUAUUGUGGUUGUGAGAGGUCCAGAUGUCCCUGGAUCUACAGAGGAGGAAACUUUAUCACACAGCCGACACUGGAGAUUUGCACAGCACUACUUUACACAACACCACUUUGAGAAGGUGACGUCAUAGGUCUUUACACUGGUUUUAAGGAGCAACACCCCAAAAAAAGUAAUGGAGUCUCCCUUUCCUGCGAAACACUCUGUUCUGCUGUUUCUUAGGACUGUUCUGUUUCUGGGAAAGUUGGGUGUAUAACCAGACUUUUAUACAGAAAAUCAGCCUAGCCAUAUAUACAUACUUCUCCCCUUAGUAAAGGCAUAUCAAUCAGGGCAUUUAUAGGACCCACACCUAUCUGGAGAGCAGGGCCCUGGAAUACCCCUUUUAACUAGUGCUGUUCAUGACCCUACUAAUGCAGGGUGACAAAGUCUGUGAGAUAUGUGAUGGUUUCUGUAUUGGUUCUCACUCGGCUUUCCUAGAAACACAUACGAAACAGCUUGGUGGAAUUUUAUAUAACUUUACAAGAAGACAACGACUAAAAAAAAUUACACGGGGGGGUUUAUUUAUUUUAUGAAGGGGUUAAAAUUUUGCACUAAAUGCACGUUCCCUGAGUUGGAGGGGGGUCACAGGUUAAUUUCUGCAGUGGGACCAGGAUGCAGCGUGUCAUCACCAUAUAUUGUGGUAAAGACACCCUUUAUAGUGCCCAGUUGUGUGCGACUUAGGGUGGCAGUGUAUGCCACCAUUGCUGUGCUCUGAUUUGUGCAGGUGUCUCUUAUUGUUUUGUGUCCUUGCUUCAUGUAGCGUUUUAUCAUUCUGACUGGUUUUACACAUUAUUUUAAUUUAGUAAAUUGUGUUAAGUCUGAAUCCUGGGUGACUCCUCCUCUCUGUCCGACCGCAGAUCCUGGAUUUCGGGCAGAUUAUCGGGAACAACUGUUCCUUCGAACGCUCGUUCCCGAUAACCUAGCCAUGUAAAUGUGCCGCUGAUCACCCGAUGAACGAGCGAAACGCUCGUUCAUCGGGUGAUCCUGUCGUUCAUGCAAGCACUACCGAUCAUAGUUUCUGGGCAGCAGAUUGUGUGGUCUGAACAGCGAUCUGCUGCUCAGAAACCAUGAACAGUGCUCAGGUAAAGGGGCCUUUUAUAAGUGGUCAGCUGCACAGAGGCUACAGUGUGAUAAUGAGGGUUAUAGUGCCUCAGAUGAAGUCAAUUUUUCAUUAUUAUUUUUUUAUGCCAAUAAUUGAAUCUUCUGUAUGCCCAGGGUGUGACAUAUAAUGUUUCUAGUGCAUUGUAUGCUGCGUUCUUCACUAUCUCGCUGGAUCAUUUCCCGUAGUCCACCGAAUGUCUGUCUUUGGGAAUGUGCAGCAAUAAUCCCCCAGUCCUUUCUCUGAGUUGUUCAGUAAACAGCCCCCGACCGACCCAAGCUGACACGUAUUUACCUUUCAUUUACCUUUAACAAACAUUGCUGGAUCAGGAGGAGACUUAAGACAUUAAUAAGUUAAGUGGCAUAAUCCCUUACACGGAGAGAGGAUUAGAUGAGAGUCAAUAAAGAAGUAAUGAGGACUCAACCACUGCAGACAGAAAUGAAACCAGAGGCAAACAGAACAAUGAGUGAGUUAAAAAAAAGUUCUGUUAUGUCUUGAUGUGCUAUGAAACCCUGGGUAGAUCUAGACUUAAACAGGACCUUUCAUCACUCCAGACAUGUCUGUUUUAACAGCUUCAUGCAUAUCCCCUGUAAUAUCAAUUCUGGAGCCUCUAUUAUCACUCUAUGAUGGGCCAUUCCUUUAGUAUUCCUGCUAGAAGUUCUGAAUUAAUUACUGUCAGUUAGGAGUGAAGGUCCAAAUGGGUGUUACCAGUGCACAGUUUUACACUAUCCGAUCAGUGCUGCCGGGUGUCCGUCUGUUAAACCUACAAAAAUUGCCAGUCCGCAUAAUUGUCAUCAAUUAUUAAGCAUGAAAAUAACAGAAAGCGUUUAAAUUCAACAGUGCAGGUAAGAUGUCGAGUUCACUGGAGGGGACCCCAUGGGCAAUAUAGUAUAUCAAUAAAUUGUCAAAAUACCAGGAUAAAGUGCAAGUGCAAAUACUGGCUACAAUAACGUUGAAAGAACUGUAAGGUUACCCAUAGUGUAUCUCCGCCCAGGAUGGCGCCAGCCCCGAUGCCCGGCGAUCCUUCGUCCGGGGAUCCGACUGUGAAGGGACACAAACCCCAACUAGGAACACCCAGCUGGGCCUUCAUUGCAAACUGCUAGUAAUUCAUGCAUAACUUCUAGCAGGAAUAAUAAAGGAAUGGCACAUCAUAGAGUCAUAAGAAUAGAGGCUCCAGAAUUGUUUUCACUCAGUGAAUGCAAGUAGUUACUAAAACAGCCAUGUCAGGAGAGACAGGUCAUGUUUAAAGGGAACCUGUCUCCUCGAUUUUGGGUAUAGAGCUGAGGACAUGGGUUGCUAGAUGGCCGCUAGCACAUCUGCAAUACCCAGUCCCCAUAGCUCUGUGUGCUUUUAU